UGGGAAUGCCAUCUAUAUCUGUAUUCAAACUGCCAAGAGCUGAUAUGGAUUAAUGAUGAUGAAUUCUUAAACCCAGUUUACCUUUCUUAUUUCUCUGCACCCAACAGGGUUCUUAAGUUCAAACCCUCCAAUAUCUCUUUUGGGAAAAGCAAGCGAAUAAAAACCUCAAACGAGGGUUCUUGUUCUACUUCCAAAGCCCCAUCUUUUGUUUGUGAAAUUUGUGUGGAGACCAAGCCGGCACACGAAUCGUUUGGUAUCAAAAAUUGCAGCCAUGUUUAUUGUACCGAUUGUGUGGUCAAAUACGUGGACUCAAAGCUCCAAGAAAAUAUAACAAGCAUUGGGUGCCUUGUACCCGAUUGCAAAGGGUCACUGGAUCCCGAGUAUUGCCAUUCGAUUCUGAAACCCGAGGUGUUUGAAAAAUGGGGGACAAGGUUGUGCGAGGAUGUGAUUAUUGGAUCUCAGAAAUUUUACUGCCCCUUUAAGGACUGCUCCGCAAUGUUGAUCGACGAUGGGACAGAGGUAGUGAGAGAAUCAGAGUGCCCUAACUGUAAAAGAUUGUUCUGUGCGCAGUGUAAGGUUCCUUGGCACGCGGGGAUUACUUGUGCCGAGGUUAAGAGGUUGAAUAAGGAUGAUCUUAUUAUGGAGAAACUUGCUUACAAGAAGCACUGGAGAAAGUGCCCAACGUGUGGGAUCUAUGUGGAAAGAUCAGGAGGCUGCACAACAAUACCAUGCAGGUGCGGGACUUAUUUUGACUUCCAUUGUGGACGACUCGGUUGUCCUUUUUGUGGAAAACGCAGAAAGAAUACUAUGGGCUACUGCGUAUUCAUGAAGGAAUACAGAAGGAUUCAGCGGGACCGGGGGGAACCCUAUAGUCAAGCUACUGCUAAACUUGCUACUGAGAAAUGGAGAUCCAUGUCUCGUUCUGAAAAAAAGCCCUAUGAGAACCCAGAGAUGAAACCGACUAGAAUCAUCCGGGUGCGAUCGAAGAUGUCGAGUAAAGAAGGCUAAUGGAUGAGUAGAAUGAAGCAACAUAAGUUACUUAGUUGAUGCCGAGCUACAUUCACUUCUUUCUUAAUUAAGCUCUUUCUCAUGGACAAUAAGGUUUCUUUUUAUGUUUAAUGUUUUUCAGUUAGCUUUAUUAUAAAGAAAAAAAAUGAUGUUAAAUUCUCCAAUUAACUCACCCUAUUUUGUGUCCACCAGUAGAGCUUUCAGUACCUUAAUUGUUUUGGGAUUGGGACCUUUGCAGUCUCUAAGGCCAUGACAUAUUAUAUUAUGUUCUGUGUUUAUCUAUAUUUUCUUUAGUUAUGAUUAUCACAUUGAAUUCUUGGUAUUUUCAUGCUCAUAGGUAAAUAAUUAAGCUGCAAGAUUUCUGAAUGAGAUUCUCUUUUGUCUAAUAUGUGAAAUUAUAAAAGUGUUUUUUUUUUUACCUUAUAGUUGUAAUGUGGAGCUCUGAAAGGGGUUUGUCUUAAUUGUUGAUGAUUAGUUAGUUUGAAGUUUCAAGCUGUCCCUGAGCAAUUGAUGAGUCCUGAACUCCUGAUUUCUUUUUUGUUAUUGAUGCACACACAGAUGAUGCAAGUUUCCGAUUUUUUAUUUGCAGAAACUCUUUGUUUUUCUUUUUAACAUUGCACUUUGGCUGAGUUCUAUUCUGCAUCAAACUCAAACACGGGAGAAUAAUUGAUUGGCUAGCUAUGAUCAUAUUUGAUGUCUCUCAGUUGUGAGAAUAAUUGAUUGGCUAGCUAUAAACAGGUAUAUCUAUCAGUUUGGAAACUGGAAUUGAUUUUAGGAAAUUAUGUUAGGUUUAGUUUGGUUUAGCAAAAAAUUGAAAUUGAGAGCAGCAGGUAUUAGAAAUGAAAUCUUACCAAGUUCUAUGUGCUUUCUCUGUGCUUGAUUAUGAGAAACAGAGAGUGGAAGAAGAGUUUGAGCUUGUUGCUUGCUUGGUUAUCUAUUUUUGCAGGUCAACUGUAGGAAAUCAAAUCAUCAAGUUCGAUACCAUUUUAUUAGAUCCAGAGGAUUAUAGGCCGGUGACUGUUUUGAGCAAGAAGCUUGCUUCCCUGUUGUGACUGAAAGUUAAGAAGUGCUCUGUUCAUUUUGAUUUAAUAUUUUGACCCUGCAGCACUCAGAUCAAACUGCCUAAUUGUGCAACCGACUUUGUGAGUUAAUUUCUCCUCAGUUUCUUUGUUUUUCAGUUCUUUGGUUUUCUUGCUCGGUUAUAGUUACUGAACCAGUACAAUAACAGAAGAACACAUCAAGAAUAACUUGGAUGCACUGAAAGUGGAGGGGGUAAUGUCUUUGAUUAAUUUCCUUCGAAAGAUAUUUCAUUAGGUGCAGAGUCACCUAUAAAUUAGCUUACGUGAAUCAUACCAUUAAUAAUGAUGAAUUUGUUGCACGGGCACUCAAGCGACAAGCUAUUCAUAUUAGACCAUCAUGAGGCAUUGAUGCCAGACUUAAGGCAUAUAAAUUCAAAUACCUCCUUAAAGAUCUAUGCUAGCAGGACACUGCUUUUCUUGAAAAGUGAUGGAACUUUCCAGCCAUUGGUGAUUGAACUAAGCUUGCCUCAUCCUGAUGGAGAUUAACUCAGUCGCACUAGCAGUGUGUUCACACCAGCUGAAGGGGGUGUGGGAAGCUCCAUAUGGCAGCUGGCCAAAGCUUAUGUUGCCGUAAAUGACUCUGGAGUUCAACUUAUCAGUCACUGAAACCAGAAGAUUUAGAUGAAUAUAGUUCAAAGGUUGCUCGUCCAAAGCCUCAUAGAAGGGAUAGCCCACAGAAGGGAUAGCCCACCUUGGAGAGCUAUUCAAAAGUCCAUGGAUCUGCAGAUGAGUGAACUUCAGUUGAAGAUGCAUUUGAGUCUGCCAAUGAAUUAGAUCAGGGCUAAACCCCCACUGGAGAAACUUGAUACCAGCUUGGUUAAAAUACCAGCAUACUGAGGAACUGCAAUCAAUGAUUCAAUCCCCAAAAACGUUGGUGAUAAAAUGAAAUCUCUAAGAUACCUAGACUUGAGUUUCAACAGCUUAACUGGUGGACUCCCAGAGUAUAUGAAAUCAGAUUUACUUUACAUGUCUUUUUCCACAAAUAUGCUUAAUGGGACGAUACCUGCUUGGAUCCUUCUGGCAGUCCAAACUAGGAUAGAUCUAUCAUUCAAUAAUUUGUCAGCAUUGGACUCUGAGAGUACCAAGAAACCCAGAUCUGUGAGCAUUGGCAACUAUUUUUAUCCCUUGUAGUUAAUUUCUUAUCCAUUGGCAAUUAUUUUAUCCAUUAGAAAUGAUGAAUACAUACUGUCCGGGAAAAGAACAAAAAUGUAAGUUUAUUCUUUAGAAUUGCCAUUCUACCUACUCUAUUUGAAUUAUGCAACUGACUGUGAUCUUUGGAAUGAGCAAAGGAUUUUUUUUUUUUGGGUCAAAUAACUCUCACAUAUUACAAAGGUAAUACAAAGACAAUAGGAGUCCUAGGCCCAAAUACCCAAUAGACAAAACCCAUAACUACACUAAUACUAAAUGACAAGUCAGAGCCCAAAAGGCCAAAAUACCAGAAUCUUCACUGCAACACAGGUUGGCUGCCGUGGUAGUACUCACGACCAAAUGAGCUCCGACAGAUUCUUGACUUCCUGAGGCCAAAUAACUCUCCACCAUCAUUCUCCACACCGAAAUUGCAGGCACAGGAAGAACAACAAGAACAAACAAAGAACUUAGUAAAGGUAGUCGUGGAGGUGGAGACCACCAACAACACAACACCACUGGUCCGGCUAUGUCCACAAGCCUCGGUGGUUUGCUGGUACUGCUGCAAUCUUUAGAUGAGAAGUUAAGCGAACAGAUCCCUGUCGAGACUCCAAGGGUUGAAUGUAAAUAUAUAUAAUUUUAUGUUAUUUGAUGAAGUUCAUUUUUGUAUAAUCAUUACUAUUUAAUUCUGACCCUCCUAGCUAAUAUUUCUGACUACGCCACUGCCAUCAAGGAUAACUCCGCGUCGGCCAAGUACGUGGGCGUUGUGUAUGCGAGGAUUUGGGAACAUACUAAGGAAUUGCUCUCCUUCAAUAGUCACAUUGCUCAAGUUGUUUCCUCUGUUUCUAUGGAAUUAACCUCGAGAGCAUCCACAUCAUCCAUUUUGAUCGAAGGGGAAGAUGAAACAGAACACAUUUCUGAGAGUACCGCCCUAGAGAUUUCCAAAUGAAAUAGAGUAAUCUAGCCAAAUAUUUGUGUCUAUUUUCUUUUCCUUGUUUUCGGAUAUGAUGGACUCUACCGCGACUACUGUAUUGAUUAUGUAUAAAAUCGAUGCU